UUACAUGCUCAUUAGGUGCUUUUGCACAUAUUGGCAAAUGAUAUAAAUAAGCCGAAAUUGUUAAUAAACAAUUAUUCUGGAACAGCCAGCUAAGACGUAAUCUUCUUUGCUUUGUUCAGUUCAUCUCUGUGAAAAAUUUUGAAAAUGAAAUUGCUCAUUGUUUGCCUCGCUGCAAUUGCAGUUGUUAGCGGAGAUGUAUCCCAUUUGUUCGGCGGAACAAAUGUUGAGCGCUCAUAUUUGCCACCUGCACAAGAACCAUCGAACCAAUACAUUCCACCAGCAGGACCACCACAAAACGAACCAGCACAGCAGCAAUAUCAACCAGCUCCAGUGCCUCAAUAUGCACCUCCACCACCUCCACCACCACCACCACCGCCACCACAACAAUUCCAACCAGCUCCACAACCACAAUACCAACCAGCUCCACAACAACAAUUCCAACCAGAGCCAGCCCCAGCUGCUACUUUCGAUGAUGUCAACGGAUACGAUUACAAAGUUCCCGGAAAAUAAGAAACUAUUCCAUUUCCGUCAUUUUGAUUAAACAGUUACCAUCCAAGAUUUUCGAAAAUAGUGUGAUUGUAUCGACACGAAAUCAGUAAUAAAAUUUGCGAACUCAAUUAA